CCACUCUCGGCUCCUCCGUCAGUCAGCUGGGGAGGGCAGCUCUCACUCUGGCUGAUGGUUCCGUGACCUGGCUCUCUCUACUGGAUGAAUUCCCCCGGAAGAUGGAACACGGCGGGCUUCUGGCUGGCUUCAUACUGGUUAUCCUUCUUCCUCAAGCGAGCCCCGACCGCAUAUUUGUCGAGGAGCUGGAAGACAGUGUGUUUUUGAGUUGCAAUACCAGCAUCAAGCGGAUGGAGGGAACAGAGGGAAUACUGUUAGCAAACAAUAAGACACUGAACUUGGGAAAACGCAUCUUGGAUCCACGAGGAAUGUAUUCGUGUGAAACAGAAAGUGAUCCGGCCAAAAAAGUCCCUCAUCUGCAAGUCUAUUAUCGAAUGUGCCAGAACUGUGUGGAGCUGGACUCGGCCACCCUGGCUGGCAUCGUCAUCACUGAUAUCAUUGCCACUCUGCUCCUUGCUUUGGGAGUCUACUGCUUUUCUGGACACGAGACUGGAAGGCUCUCUGGGGCUGCAGACACUCAAGCUCUGUUGAGGAAUGACCAGCUCUAUCAGACCCUCCAAGAUCGGGAUGAUGCUCAGUACAGCCGCAUUGGAGGCAACUGGGCUCGGAACAAGUGAACACGAGAUUGGGGCUUCUGAAGACAUCAUUUAUCAACAUUUUCCUCAUCACUCAGCCAA